GUUUAGACGCCUUGGAAGCGCGCUUGCUACUUCGCUACUGGUUACGAGAUUUGAUACGUUUACCUUCCAGUUCCAGCAUGUCUCACAACUACUCCUACAGACGACCAUCACCAGCUAAAGAUCUAAGAGCCAGCUCUUACGACUCUCCAGAUCACCUGCACCCUGGAGACCAUGGUCACAAUGUUUACAGAUCGUCCCAGGAGCCACCGUCUCAUUCCACAAUACCAUCCUCCUCAUCCAGAGCCUCCGCUGCCACUGAGUCCCCUUACUCCUUCUCACUAAGCCAGUCAGACCCUUACUCGUCCUCACUAAGCCAGUCAGACCCUUACUCGUCCUCACUAAGCCGGUCAGACCAAACUCUGACCCUCCUGAGCAGCUGUGGGCUCGAGCCCAAAGACUUGUCUCUACUAGCCGAGAUGCCUGAGCAUCUCAUCACUGUGGAGAACCUACCACGUAUGCUCCUGGAGAUCAGAAAGAAGAGGGCGACACAGCAGCCGUCAUAUCCAGCUAUGACCUCUUACCCCCCUGCUGCCACAUCUUGCCCCCCCCCUGCUACCCCUCCUCCAGGCCAUGCGUGGGAGCAGGGUGACCGGAGUCGUUCUCAGCCAUUAGACUACCCGUUGGACCCCCACUCCGCUCUUCCCCUGUCCCAACUCCCUCCCACAGAACAGGCUGAGCCCUGGCAACUAGAUCGGCAUGGCAACCCGAUGCAGUACACAUGCUCUCGCGUGGAACCUGUACCUGUCCCUGUCCGAGUUGUGGACUACCACUAUGGUAAAGAAACUCCCAGAAGCUACGAAACUCCCAGGUCCACUUACAGCUCGGACCAAAGAGGAACCAGCAGCAGCCGGAAACCACCCAUCUUAUCCCAACCAGCAGUAGAUUACAGGUACCCACCGACACCGACACCAGCUACAGACUACAGACCACGCCUAGACCAAGAUGUCCCAGUUGUCACAAUCAAGAUGGCCACCUCUGGCAAAACUCCCACCAAGAAGGCUGCUCUUGACUUCCACGGAGAAAUCCCCCAAACGUUUCCUUAUUCGUGCUCUCUCUGCGAUAUUACCGUGCUCUCUGAAAAGUACUGGUUCGCACACGCCAAUGGAACUCAACAUGCAGACGGACAACUCACACUUCUUCAGAUGUAUCCUGAGUGGGAUUGCCGGAUGCAGACCGCCAGAAAUGGUGAUGACCACACAGAGAGACCAAGGGUUGAAGAGAAGACUGGUGGACCUUCCCAUAGGUCGAUUAACUACUUAGGUAAACCGACAAGUAGCAGCUCUAGAAAAAGCAUUGACACUAAGACAAAUGCUACAAAGGUUACAAAGGGGAGUGGCAAAGUGGUUUGUGCCAAAUUUAACGCCUGGUGUCUCAACGAAGAUGGUUUGAAGGACCUGAUUAAACCGUUUGGGGAAGUUGUGAAACUCAUCAUGUUCCCUGCUUUGGCGUUUGUGGAGAUGGGCUCAACUGACCAGGCCGAGGAUGUUGUGAAGUACUACCUCAGUAACCCAGUGAUGGUGAAAGGAGGACAAGUCACCUUCUCUGUCUCUUCAACAUUUAAUUUCCUGCAGAGUUCCCGGGUGUUGAGCUUUUCCCCUGUGCCUCCUGGUAAAGAGUCUGCCGCAUGGAAGAGAGAGUUGCUGGCCGUAGCUAAAGGAUUUGGACCUGUGGCGCGCUCUCUAUUCUUACCUACGCAGGCAUUUGUGGAAAUGACAAAUGCACUGGAUGCACAGAAGCUGGUUGAACACCAUACGUCCAAAUACCUGAAAAUAGAUGGGAUCCAUAUUAAAGUGGCCUUCUCAUCAGAGUACAAUACACUUCGGACCAUGUCUGAUAGGAAGUCUUCAGACAGGAAGUCUUCAGACAGGAGCAGGAAGUCUGAAGACAGAUCUAAGAGGAGGAGAACCCCAAGUCCCAGAAGGCGAUCCAUCAGCCCCAGGAGAGAUUCCCCAACCUCCUCAAAGAAGAAGAGGAGGAGGAGGAGUGGAGAGGGGGACAGCGACCGUCACAAAGAACGAGUGAAAUCAAACGAUGGGGGUAAAAGCAGGCCAAGGUCCCCCAGAAAACAGAGCUCCAGCCGGUCCUCCAGAAGCCCUCGCUCCCAUACUAAAGAGAGGGUCUCCAGUGAGAAGACCCCAGGUUCUGGUAAAACAGACCCCAAGAAGGACAAGGUAUCUCUCACUUCCACAUCCACUCGCUCACAACCUCCCACCAAGGAUAAGACCUCAUCCCAGUCCUCCACUGUGAUGGAGAAGUCCGAAGAGGUUGUCGAUAAGACUGACCAAAGCAAGCAAGAUACUGAGACACAUUACAGGCAGGAGGAUGGAGCCAUGGAGGCCUGUGACAUGGAGGGGGAGAUCGGAGAGGACGGCGACAUCGAGGGGAUGGCAGUGUAUGGGGAGGAUGGGGAGGAGAACUCUGACAUGGAAGAGUGGGAGAAGGAGGGAAAGGAGGAGAAGGAGGAAGAGGAACAAGAGGAAGAGAAACAGCAGAAGAGUGCUGAGGACUUGUUUAUAGCCCUAUGUGAGCCCAAGCAAAAAGCAACCGCUACAUCUGGGACUGUAGAUGAUACUCCUACAGAAGAGCUCUCAGCUACCGGGUCAGAACAGGGGAAAGAGCUCUCAGCUACCGGGUCAGAAGAGGAGAAAGAGAGAGAUGGUGAAGAUCAGAAUGCAGAUGCUUCAUAUGUUGAUGAGGAGGAGCCUGAUUUCCCAGAGGACCUUGAGAACCUUAUUACUUUGGAUGAGCUGGCGGAGGAUUCAUCAGCUGACGACCGAGAUAACCAGUCAACAGAUGAGACCAAGAGCAGGUCCAGGAGCAAGCCCUCAGGACGUGAUCAGCCAUCUGGAAGAGUGAUCUACAUCAAAAACCUUCCUAGUGGCUACUAUACAGAUUACGAGUUCCUGAAGAUUUUUAAAGGCUUUGGGAGAGUGCACCGCUAUUUACUCCUGCGUAAUGGUGAAGAGGGCUUCAUUGAGAUGGAGAGUUCUUCUGAUGCAACAAAGGCUUUAACGGCGAUGCGUUAUGGUGGCUGUAAAUUAUACGGCCGGAAGUUGGUCAUCCUGCGGUCUCAGAAAUAUAAAAGACUAACAACAGGGUGGGAACCUGAAUCAGACUCUGAUCGGAAGAAAUAUCACGGGAGUACGAGAAGCAGCAGUAGCAGUAGCAGGAUAAGGAGUGGACGGACCAGCAGUCACUCAAAGUCAGACGCUAAGGACGAGAAGACUAAAGAGAAGGACGAGAAGACUAAAGAGAAGGACGAGAAGACUAAAGAGAAGGACAAGAAGACUAAAGAGAAGGACGAGAAGACUAAAGAGAAGGACGAGAAGACUAAAGAGAAGGACGAGAAGACUGAAGAGAAGGACGAGAAGACUGAAGAGAAGGACGAGAAGACUGAAGAGAAGGACGAGAAGACUGAAGAGAAGACUGAAGAGAAGGACAAGAAGACUGAAGAGAAGGACGAGAAGACUGAAGAGAAGGACGAGAAGACUGAAGAGAAGACGGCACGACAAGUAGACUCUGAACAGCGUAGUAAACGAUCGUCUGAGCCAGCCAAACACUGUGACAAGGAGGACAGAGGAGCGUCUCCAGUGAAUACUGACAGAUCCUCCAAUAGUGAAGUCCAAAAGGAUGCCCCUGUCCCUGCUGCUGAGGAAGAGAAGCAGGCCUGUAGCACCGAGGAUAAUGUAGAAACCAAGAUGGAGGAUAAUGUGGAAACAGGACCAGAUUCCAUGAAGACUGGUAUGGAGUCAUCAUUCCAGCCCAACAACCCAGUGGGAAGGGAAUACAUUAAACCUGUCAUUGGCUACUUCUGCAACCUGUGUAAAGUCGUCUAUCUCGAUGAGGACGAAGCAAAGACCCAACACUGCAGCAGCCUCUGUCACUAUCUGAAGUUUAUGGAACUUUCAGGAAGAGACACAGCGUCUAGCUAAAAGAUGUCCAUCUCUGGAGGAAGUUGACAAGAUGACGGUCUUUAGGUCCAAUUUAACGGGGCGUGUACAAGUGUACACUUCUGAAGGAGGGUGGAGAAUCUGGAUUUGUCUUUAUAUUACGCUCAGAAGAAAGGCACAGGUUUACCUACUCCACGAGAGGCUCUUUGUGAAACUCAUCCUAGAACAAUACACGGGAAAGCAGAUUACGUUAAUCCGUAAUUGGUUUAUAUGAUCAAAUAUACAGCACCUGCCUACAUAUAUUGUGGUAUAAUAGCUCAGAUCUACUUUCUGUAACUUGGAAUAGUUUUGUCCUAUGCUUUGAAUGAAAACCAUUAGGUUUUCCUAUCUUUUUAAUUUGUUUAAGAUUUGUUUGAAAUGGAACUUAAUUCUAAAAGAUUGUUAAUAAACAUGUAUUCAUUA